AUGACGCGUUGACUUCUCUUUCUUGUUUUCAUUUCAUUACAAUUUGGAUUUUUAUUGUCUGAUCUGUGCAAAAAUCGAAUUGGACUGCAAUGGCGAUCCUCUACUCAAGGAUCGUAUCCCUUCUCUUUGUCUUCCUCCUAUCUUCUUCUUCUUCUUCUGUAUUUGCCUCUUCUUUCUCUCCUUCCGAUGAGUACCUCGUCAACUGUGGUUCCGACGUUGACUACACCGUCGUCGACAACCGCCGCUUCGUCGGAGACGCCGCAAACGCGAAGUUCUUCUCAUCCGAAGAUUCAAUCGCUCUUCGAGAAGGAUCUCCGAACGUCCCACAGAUCUACAGAACCGCUAGGAUUUUCGCGCGACAGGGGAAAUACAAGUUCAAUGUCAACGAGGAAGGCACUCAUAUGGUACGUCUCCAUUUCAAUCGUCUCAAUUCCUCUAAGAUCAAUCUCGAUGACGCUCUGUUUCACGUUACCGUCAACGGUCAUGUCGUGCUUAGCAAUUUUAGCGGCGAUGAGUCUAGGGUGGUUAGAGAAUUCUUGAUUUGGGUCCAUGUUGGUGAGCUCGUUAUCAGGUUCGUUCCUAGUAAAGAUUCGAAAUUCGCAUUCGUUAACGCCAUCGAAGUUAUAUCUGCGCCUAAGGAUUUGAUUGCUGACGUUGCGACCUCUGUAUCUCGUGAUGGAACUGAGAGGUUCAAUGGUUUAGCUAAGCAGGCUAUGGAAGUUGUGUACAGAAUCAAUGUUGGUGGUAGAAAAGUUACUCCUUUUAAUGACACGUUGUGGAGGACUUGGCUUCCUGAUGAUGGUUUCUUCAAAACCAAAACCGCUGAUGGGUCUUCUUCUGAGAAAGCUUACUUCACCGGUAGGAUUAAGUAUAGGCCUGGAGGGGCGAGCCGCGAGGUUGGACCUGAUAACGUCUACAACACUGCCCGUGUGGGUAAAAGAAGCAACGGGUUGGUUGAUAUGAGUUGGGAUUUCCCAGUGAGUGCGGGUGGUGGUUACAAGUAUCUCAUUCGGAUGCAUUUCUGUGACAUAGCUAGCAAAUCACUCGGCAGGCUCUAUUUCAAUAUUUACAUUAACGGGAACUUGGCCUACCAAGAUUUCGAUAUCUCAUAUGCUGCGAAUGAUGUCCUUGCUUCUCCGUAUUACAUUGAUUUCGUUGUUGUUCCUACUACUGCUGAUUACAACAAUAACAAAAACAGCCAUUCAGGAUCGUCGAUAACAGUAAGUGUUGGACCAUCAAACAAGACUAGUGUUGAUGAACAAGGAGUUGAUGCGAUAUUGAACGGUGUUGAGAUCAUGAAGAUGAAUAACUCAAUGGGUAGUCUUGAUGGGUAUGUUUCAGCAGAUAUGAUUCUGAGUACUUGCCCGAAUAGAAGAAACGUAAGCAUAUUUAUCGCAAUGUUGGCGUUUAUGUGUAUAUUUAUGAGCUUCUACAUUGUGGCUCGAAGGAAGAAAGCUAGAGAUGACUAUGGCUGGACUAAGCUGUCCAUGGACGUCCUUGAAGAUAAUCCCAAGUCCGGGAAUCAAUUGAUAGCAAGAAAGGCUUGAAGAUGCUUUUGCUUGUUGAAUAUAUUAACAAUGGACACUUUUUCCUUGAAGUAUUUUCUACUUUGACACGAUGGAAUAAUCUUCUUUUUUUUUUUUUUCUUAAUUAGGUUUGUAAUGUUUCACAAUGGUGUUAAAAUGUGUUGGUUAUACAUAUGUAACUGAUUUAUUUUGUUCAAUGUAUAUGGAGAGACUCGAUGCAAUUUUCGAAAUGGAAAUGUUUUUAUUUAUGUUCA